AUGGACUCAAACAAACAAGAAGGAGAGACUGAAAGUGUGCCUGUGAGUACCCCCGCAACACAGAUUUCCCAGUUGCAGGCAUUAGCCUCUGAGUUGAAGGCGGGUUUCACAGAAGCAAUGCAGGAGCUGUCGCGAAUCCAGCAUGGCGAGUACGCCCUGGAGGAGAAGGUCAAGAGCUGCCGCUGUGCCAUGGAAGAGAAAGUGGCUGAGAUGAAGAACUCCCUCAACACCUUCAAGGAGGAGCUCAGCGAUGCAAAGUCAAUGAUUGAAGAAAUCAGUGCCAAGCAGGAGGAAAUGCAACAGAAAAUUGAGCAGCUUCAGCAAGAGAAGAGGCGGGAAUCACGGAAAGUGAAAGCUAAAAGAGCACAGAAGGACGAUCACAGCUCACAGACAGUGCCUACACCUCUCCAGGGCAGUCCGUUUCGAUCCAUUAACCUCCCAGAACCUGUGAUGAUCAAUGAAGAUUUUACAAGCCUUUUGCACAACGUGACUUAUGAAAAAGUGUCGGACACCAGGAUCAUGCCAAUAGGAGAUGGAAGCGUUAAAGUCGUAGCAGGUCCAGGACCAACCCUGGAGACAGACGACAGCCUCAAGCCUUCCUUGACAACGGACGGCCAGUCAAAGGUGCACCUGCCAUCAACAGUAUGGAAGCAGCCCAAGGACACCAAGGACUGGGGAGACGAAUACAUCUCCAAAGAGCAACCAGAAAGAGGGAAAGACAUGGGCCAAAGCAGAUACAGCUCAGCUGACAACAUUAUCUGUGAACCCUCUCUGGCUGCCAAAAGGCAGAACAUCGCUUUGGAGCUGCUGGAGUCAGAAAGGAAAUACGUCAUCAACCUUUCCCUGAUCCUGAAGAUCAAGGCCACAUUGCAAGGGCCAGAUGUGAAAAGGAGCACCAAAGAGAGAAGUUUCUUCCCCAAUUCCCUGCGGUACUUGGUCCAGCAGCACGUCGAUUUACUUCAUGCUCUCCAGGAGCGAGUCCUGAGCUGGCCACGCCAAGGGAUCCUAGGAGACAUCUUCCUGAAGUUAACAAAUGAUGAGAACAAUUUUCUGGACUACUAUGUUGCUUACCUGAGGGACCUGCCAGAAUGCAUCUCUCUGAUCCACGUGGUGAUCCUGAAGGAGGUAGAAGAAGAAAUCAAAUCUGAUCUCUACAUUCUGUUCUUCCAUAUAGUCCAGCGGAUCCCUGAAUACCUCAUUCAUCUACAGAACGUCCUGAAGUUCACGGAGCAAGAGCAUCCUGAUUAUUACCUGCUGCUGGUGUGUGUGCAGCGCCUCCGGGUUUUCAUCUCACACUACAGCCUCCUCUUCCAAUGCAACGAAGACCUUCUUAUACAGAAGAGGAAAAAGCUGAAGAACACGACGAUGGAUUUCUCCUCCCUCAGGUCGUCCCUGGUGAAGCUGUACAAAGGACUCACCUCCCAGUGUACAAGCCAAGAGGUUUCUCCAACACCCAGCGCGACCUCUGUCCGGGACAGCGGGAUCCACUCUGAAGAGGCAAUACAGUCGUUCCCACCAGCACCUUCCUCUGGCACGCCAACCCCGCAUUUGAUGCCCCAGAUGAAGAAACCCCAGCCAACUGUUAUGGAGAACAUCCAGGCUGUAAAGCCCCCUGACUGGGAAAUGGAAAGUAGAAAACAUGAGAGGCCAGAGAAUAUCCUUGCAUCCUCUCAGCUCACAGAGCAAGAACUCAAGGCUCUGACAGCUCCCUUACAAUCCAUCCCUGAAAUGGAGUAUGAAGCACCACCUGCCGAUGCUGUGGGAAACACGGAGAGAGCCAUCAGGACCUCUGUGGAGCUGCUGCAGGAUGCAAGGAACUUUGCACCAAGCUACGAAGAGUUCGACUACCCCGGAGAGGUGUUCACCCUGCCAGGCCCCUAUGAAGAUGAUGCCUUCCAAAACCUCGCUCUCUUUGAGAAUUGCUCCCCAGCCUCUUCCGAGUCCAGUUUAGACAUUUGUUUCCUUAGGCCUGUUAACUUCACGUCAGAACCAGAGAGGACAGAUCAUGCCUUACAGCCGUUACCUAAGAGCUGUACCCCCGUCAGCAGCAGUACUUACAAGCGCGAGAUGUUCCACAGCAAAGGCAAGCAGCUGAGCAGGUCUCUGAAGGAGCUGCCGAGGAGCGCCGAGGGUGUGAGCUCCAGACUCUACAGCACACGGAGCAGCAGUGGGAGCCGGCUGCAGCAGAAGCAGGAGAGGAAUGUCCAGCCUCACAUGAUCUCAGCCUCAUCCCGAAGCUCCCAAAGGAGCUACUUCCCCCCACAGAGAGGAGCGGGUGAAAAACAGAGCUUUUUGGAAGAGCUCCAUGCAGAAGACAACACCAGGUUCUGCCAGAAGGAUGACAAUGAGCAAACAUCCUUCAGCGACCACAACCCGCGGCACGAGCCCAAGGGGGGUUUCCGGAGCUCCUUCCGCAAGCUCUUCAAAAAGAAAUAAGCAGCCCCCCCCAAAAAAAGGCAGGCCACAGCCUAAGCGCAGCAGUGCUUCCCCAGGUCCCUGAGGGUGGAGACAGACAGCAAGGCCCCGAGAUGUCCCCCGACUAACACAGUAGGCGGAGGGGUGGGGGAGAGGAGACUGUCACAACUGCCUCACAAACGCGUCCUGCUCUUCCUAGCACAGGGGAGGGCCAGGCUAUGGGUUGGAGCAGAGCUCAGGCAGCAGGUCCAGAAAGCACAGGAACUUGCUAGCUUUUACCCCUGCCUGACAUAACUUUCCUCAGAGUUUUGGAAAGCUUGAGCCAAAUCCCAUUAUCUUCUCCUCCCCCUCAUCCCUCAACACUGCUUGAUUUGCCACACCUUUGCUCUUCCAAAUA